CGGCAGCGGCCGGCCAGCCCGCGAUGAGCAGAACACCUCGCGGAUGUAUUUGGCACUCACGCUAACAUGAAACUUUUCUGACACGAUCGUGGUGUGUUGUGUGUGGAUAUUAUUUUAUUUUAUUUAUAUUAGCAUUGAUUUAAUAAAACGGUCGCAGUCAGAGGGCAGCGGUAACUGUGAAAUACGAACACAUGUUUCGAAAACCUUGAAAGCAACACAUUCAACAUGGUCGACACACAGCACUUCUGCCUCCGGUGGAACAAUUACCAGAGCAGCAUCACCAGCGCCUUCGAGAAUCUUCGUGACGAUGAAGACUUCGUGGACGUCACCCUGGCCUGUGACGGGAAGAGCCUUAAAGCACACAGGGUCGUUCUAUCGGCCUGUAGCCCUUACUUUAGAGAACUUUUAAAGUCGACACCAUGCAAGCACCCAGUGAUCGUGCUGCAAGACGUGGCCUUCACGGACCUGCACGCGCUCGUGGAGUUCAUCUACCACGGCGAGGUGAACGUGCACCAGCGGAGCCUCUCCUCUUUCCUCAAGACAGCGGAGGUCCUUCGCGUCUCCGGACUGACACAGAAUGAUGACGCCCAAGGGCCGCUAGUACAGAGCAUCGCUCGCGCAGCCGCCGCGGCAGCUUCGUCCCCCCACACCCCGCCUCACCCCGCCCACACCCCUCAGAACCCUCACACUCCCAGCUACUCCGAGAAGCUAGAGGAAGCCCUGUUGCAGCCGACGAUGCGUCGUAUCUCCCUCCCCCCGCGCCGCAUAUCCCGCUCGGCUGACAACUCGCCGGACGUCAUCAAACGCGCCCGUCACGACAACAACAACGACCAGGCCCAGGUUCACGACUUCUCCACCAAGAACCAUUCGAUGAACAACACGCGCGCCCACAACGAACAAGGAAACGGGAACGGCAUCUCCAACUCCAGCUCGUCGCCGUCCCCGCGGCUGAUGGACGAAGUCAAGAACGAACCGCUCGACAUGAUCUGCCCCUCCAACCCGGACAUAGACAGAAGCACAGACGACACGCCGCCGCAUCAUCACAGACCACUUGGUGGAGGUCCGCCUUCCCGCGCCAGCUCCGCGGAGGCCGACGACCGCACUCCUCCGCCGCAGCUGCCUCCGUCGUCGUUCAUCUCCCCGGCAGACACCAAACUGUUCCCGCCUCACAACUACAACUACAGCAUGGCGCUCGCCGAUCCAUCCGCGCUGGCCGGUCUGCCGAGCCCCCUGGCCCCGGACGGCAUGGCGAGUACGUCUCAAGUGGGCCCUCUGGGGGCGGGCCACCGAUGCGAGGUGUGCGGGAAGUUGCUGUCCACGCGGCUCACUCUCAAGCGGCACACGGAACAGCAGCACCUGCAGCCGCUGCAUUCGGCGCGCUGCAGCCUCUGCCACAAGGUGUUCCGCACGCUCAACUCGCUCAACAACCACAAGAGCAUCUACCACCGGCGCCAGCGCGGGCUGCCCCAGCACGCGUCCCAGGCCGCGCCGGUUCCUCACGCGGCGCUGGCCCCGCUCGCCCCGCACGCCCCGCUGGCCCCGCAGGCUCAGCCGCAGAACCUCUCCACCGGCGUAGACUCUAAGUUGACGCCGCCGCCGCACGCCAUCGACUUCUACAAGUUCAAGGAUCAGUUCAACGUCUAAGCUGUUCCUCUACCCUAGCUCCCCCUAGCUCCCUCAGCUGCCCUAGCUCCGUUGUAUCUUAUAGUAGAUGAUUUAUAUUUUUUAUCUCUCCAAGAGAUUAUUGACAUUUUAUUGUCGCGAUUGAUUUUAUUUACAUUGAUUUUCUCUUUUAAACGUAUUCGUUGGAACUUGUCGGGCGAUGUUGUGCUCGGCGGCGGCCCUCACUCACUGAACACGGUCGUAGGUCGUAUCAGACUCCUCGACGAAUGACAUUCCACUAUGACCAGGGAGGGUGACUUUUCGUUUUAUCGUUUAUAAGUUACGUAACAUGCGCCCGCUAAGUGCAAUACUGCGGUAUGAAGAUUCCUGAAUUUUACACUAUGUUAAAUGUGUGACAAUAAGGCGAAGAGAAAAAUAUUUUGAGAAAAAAAAGAAAAAUCUUGGUGCUGUAAAUUUAUAUAUUAGGCUUAAAUUUAUAAAAUGGAACAGUGUUCGUUGUAAGUAACAAGAGAGGCAUAUUGUUUUCAACGUUGUGUUCAUUUUUCGGCGUUUUGCAAUUUUUAUUUAUUCUGUACUUUUACCUUCAUGAUCUCACACUUAGAUAUUUAUACGAGAUUACUAAAAAUCUAUUUAAAACUAAAUAAAAUUAUAUACACAAAUAUAUAAUUGGCUAAUGAGGCUUCAAAUUUAUUAUUUUAUUUAGAUGUUUUUUUUUGUUUUUUUUUUUGACUGUAAGACUGAAAGAAAGAACACAUAGCACCAAUAGACCGACAACUGGCAACUGAAGUUAACAAGAGUCCGCACUGUCAUACAGACAUACAAUAACAGGUUUCACAAUCACUAACAAUAAUAAAACACACACACAGAUGCACAACACAAGACACACACAGAACCGACUACAUCACAUCACUUACUCAUAAGUCGACUGCAACUCUUUAUUUACCCCUGCGGUCGACCAUCCGCUAACUCUGUUUACUUUCAUCUUUAUAUAUGUUACACGUUACGUUAGACGCGAGGUGCCAUGUAAGCGGCUCACGAUGGCUAUAGUAUAUAUUUAGUUUAGUCACGUCUAGUUCUAUAUCAUACCCUGUGUUCGUUUGUCGUUUCGUUUUGUUGACUUCUCCGUCGUGUAUACUGGACGGCUGUCUAUAUUUUUUAAACAUUCUCCACCACAGUUUUAGUGAACUAAUUAAGCGUUUAAUAUAACUGAAUAAUUAAUAGGUAAAUAAUAAAUCUUAAUAAUUCUCAGUGUUAAAUGUUCCUAAAUUUCAACAGUGUGAAUUUUUUUGUUAUUAAACUUUUCUGCUUGCCAUAAAUAGUCAUAAACGCUAAAUGUUUUUCUUUAGGCGACUAUUUCUUAGAUUUUUUAUCACUGUCUAGAUUCAGAAGCUGUUCGGGUCGUUCACUCCUCCCCCCCGCCCCCUUUCGUAACGAUAUACAUACAUAUAUUAGUCAAUAAUUAUUCGUAGCGACUGUAGUGCGUCGAUUCGUUUUCUCAAUAGAUGUUAUAAAAUAGAACUGGCUUUUGAACUCUAGAUGGCCACUAGAUGUACUAGUGACGUAUAAAUUGCUUUCGUUUUCUGGAUCUAGACAUGCGUGUCCUAUACAUUUUUGAUGUCGAUGUACUUUUUCUAGUUAAAUAAACAUCACUAUUUUCAGCGACUACUGUCGCCACAAUGUUAUAUUCGUUUCGAUAGCAAUAAGAGAACCUUAUGUAAGUGUAAAUGUAAACACAUAAUUUAUUGUAACAAUAUACACGUAAGUAAUUAUUAGUGCCUGCUUUACAUAAUUGUUUUUAUUCGAAAAAAAAAAGACAUAUUUUGAGUAACUUCUAAAACAUAGUUGGUAAUGUUCGCAACACUUCACCUUUAAGGUGAACGCUACUUUAAAACGAUGAGAGGCUUCCUAAGUAAAUUAAUACUAUACGUUAUAAUAUUAUGUUGUUAUUAAUAAAUGCAUAAACGCUUAGCCAUUACAAUUUGUUUAGUUGUUUAAGCUUUAUUACGAUACUUUUAACUAAUUGGAAGACUAGAGAUUUGGUGCUAAAUUGGAACGAUGUUCAUGAUAGAAAAAUUUAAGGGAAAAGGAAUAAAUGAAAUUUUAAAUUCAUUGUAAAUUCGCAACAUUCCGUGGACGUGGAAACGAAAGUGUUAAGUUUUUUUUUUUUGCAACCAAUUGCAAGUUUUUGAACUUAAGACGUAGGAUUGUUGUUUUUUGUGUAGUAACUUAGUCUUAGGUUUUUAUUGUUAAUUUGGGUUUGGGAACUAAGUUAGUUGACUACCUAGUUGUAAGAUUUAUCUGAAUUCGUAGAGAUAAUAGUAUAUACAUGUUUAAUUUACGAUUACAGGGAUGUGCUGCUAAGUACGGCAGUCAUACUCCGACUAUCGCGGAGUACACGAGACUUAAGAUCUUGUGGAUUUUAUUUAGAGAAAUUAUUCAAAAAUUAUGCCAAAAUUAAUAAGCGCUAUAGACUGAUUAGACUAAGUACGCGUUUCGAUUGUACACUAUUAGGCGUAUUAUCUAGAAUAAAAUGUACAAUUAUUUACUAAAUUGAUAAUUUUAUAAAAAAAAAUCAAAGUCAGAAGCGUGAUCCGUUUCGGUUCGGUAAAAAUCAAAAUUAUCGUGAUUCGAGGAUCUUUAUAUUUUUAUGUUCAUAGUCGCUAAGUAUUGGGGAUCUCAGAGGAUCUUAAAGGUCUGUGGGUUUAAGGGCGAAACUACACAGUGUUCUAAGGAGCAGAACACAUCCCUGUCGAAAACUACAUUAGUUAGGACCUUAGCAAGUUUAAGACUGUUUCUGUGACCUGUUUUAGUUUUUUUUGUAUCUUUCUAACAUGUUAAGAUAUGUUUCCUUACCGCACGUUGUAUCGUGACGACCUUAUUUGAUGUGUUCUUAUACUUCUUGUUGGCAUUUUUACUUAUUUUAUAAGGAAUCUAAAUUAAUUUAUUGGUUGUUGUAUUGAAAUUUUAUAUUUUUUUUUCUUCUUAAAUUAUUAUUCUACUCCUUGAAUCUUGUUUUGUUUGUAAUCGGCAUCUACGCAAUGCGGCCCAUCACUUGGCUAUUGGAGAAUGGUGCCAAAAAUUAUAAUUUUAAGUUCGUCUUCCAAACAAAGGCUAUAUUUGAUUAGGGCGAUAUAAUAUCUGUACCCCCGCCUGAAUGGGCUGCACCAAUCCAUAGUUCGUAUCCUUAAGUUUAUUAAUAAUUCAUGUCACUUUAUAUUUACAGAUAGUUAUUUUCUUACUUUUAAAUUAAACCUUGACAUAUUACUCAUAAAGUGUAAAUGUAAUCGUUAAACCGAACUUCAUAAAUCCUAAUAUUGAUGAUAAUGGCGUUUUUAAU